AUUUUCACCACAUCGAAUCAGUUCACUGGUCUAACAGCAGGAUGAACAUUUUGCUUCUCGUCGUGUCUGUGCUUUUCGCGCAUGCCCUAGCAGGACCUGAGCAGCGCGCGCCCUGUCCGGCCAAGUGCGACAUGACCAAGUGCCCGGCGCCUCGUGCUGCAUGCAAAGGCGGGCGCGUGCUGGACCGAUGCGGCUGCUGCGCGGUGUGCGCCUCGGGGCAGGACGGUGCAACCUGCGGCCGUAAGCGCGAUCUUCCCUGCGCGGCUGGACUGGAGUGUGUGCACUCAGGGGGAAAGAAAUCAUCUAAAGGGCUGUGCCGGUGUAAGAACAGUCACCCGGUGUGCGGCAGCGAUGGUAAAACGUAUGAAAACCCCUGCAAGCUAGAGGAGGCUGGUCGCAGUGCGCGGCAGCGGGGGAAUGCUCCAGUCACACAGGUGCACAAAGACCGGUGCGCAUCUGCAGCUCCAGGUCCUACACACCACAACAGCCCCAGGUACAAGUUUAAUUUCAUCGCUGAUGUUGUGGAAAAAAUUGCCCCCGCUGUGGUCCAUAUCGAGCUUUUUCUCAGCCAUCCGCUGUUUGGCCACCACGUGCCGUUGUCUAGCGGAUCGGGGUUCAUCGUGAAAGAAUCCGGUGUGAUUGUGACCAAUGCUCAUGUGGUGAGCAGCACUGCCACAUCAGUGGGCCGACAGCAGCUUCGGGUGCAGCUUCACGAUGGCAAAAAAUACGAAGCCUCCAUAACAGACAUCGACAAAAAGUCUGACAUCGCCACCAUCAAAAUCAACCCACGGAAAAAGCUUCCAGUUCUUCCUCUUGGCCACUCAGCUGACUUGCGUCCGGGUGAGUUUGUGGUGGCCAUCGGCAGUCCGUUCUCUCUGCAGAACACUGUGACUACGGGCAUCGUAAGCACAGCACAGAGAGACGGCAAGGAGCUCGGCAUCCGGGACUCGGACAUGGACUACAUUCAGACUGACGCCAUCAUCAAUUAUGGAAACUCAGGUGGCCCACUUGUUAACCUUGAUGCUGAGGUUAUUGGGAUAAACACACUGAAGGUGACAGCUGGGAUUUCCUUCGCCAUUCCGUCAGACCGUAUUAAUCGCUUUCUAGACAAUUCUUAUGACAAACAGUACAAAGAUAAACACAGACUAGUUAGGCUGCAGUACAUGCCAUCUCAUCCUGUUGUGUCUGACUCAGAUGUAAAAGGCACAAAGAAAAGGUUUCUUGGAAUCAGAAUGAUCACCCUCACACAGGACCUGGUUGAAGACAUGAAACAGCAUGAUCCAUAUUUCCCAGAUAUCAGCAGUGGAAUUCUUGUUCAUGAGGUCAUUCCAGAUUCCCCUGCACAAAAGGGUGGACUUGAAGCAGGUGAUGUCAUCGUGAAACUAAAUGGCCAGUCAUUGGUCAGCACUGAGGAUAUACAGUUGGCGCUUCAUGGAGACACGCCACUUCUCUUGGAAAUUCUUCGUGGCAACAAUAGUCUACUAUUCAACAUUGAACCACGUGUACUUGUGCAGAAAAAAUAAAAGUUAGAAUGGACAAUGAUGUGGAUUUAGACGAUAUUAGAUUUUAAUGGAAUUUAAAUUGCAAUUGUUUUUUUUUUUGUUAUGAAGGCUACACAAGAACAUCUGCAUGUACACUGUACAUUUUCAGUAUUGAAAAGUACAGUUACGAUAUGUCAUGUAUUAAUGACCAGAGGACAUCAGUACAUUGUGAAUAAUGACUAGGAUUUUACAAUUGUUACUGAGUUCAAGUGAAAACUCAGAUUUUACACAAUUUUAUAUUCAGAUUUUGACAUACAGUCAUACAGUCACUGAAGCCAAAUGUCUCUCUUUAAAUCCUAUUUUCCUCACUGUAUUUACUUUACAAACUACUCGAGAUGAACAAGUCCUUUGACUUUACCUAUAAAAUACGCUACAUUAUGUUAUGUCUGUCUGAUGUAUGUUCCUUGCUUCAUACUGUAGCAUUGUCACACAGUGUUAAUUAUUUAUGUGCUAUUUAUCACACCAGUGUAAGCAGGUCUUUCUAUAUACAUUAGCAUGUGUAUUUUUUAUACACAAUAUAUAUUUUACAAAUAAAAAGUU